AUGUCCAUCACCUCAAUCAGCGGCCUCAUGUCUAACUACUCGCCCUUGUCAGACCGGGCUUCGUCCGUCGAGGACGAGAAGGAAUCCCACCGUCUCCACUCGGACGUUGAAGCCGGUGAGAAGCAGCUCGCCGAAAAGAAGAACAACCGCUGGAUCGAUGGCCGCACCGUCUCCGAUGCCAUUAUUGGCUUGUCAGACGGAAUGACCGUGCCCUUUGCUCUCACUGCCGGUCUCUCGGCUCUGGGAGACACCAGAGUGGUUGUUUUCGGUGGCAUGGCCGAGCUCAUCGCAGGUGCUAUCUCCAUGGGUCUUGGUGGAUAUCUGGGGGCUAAAAGUGAAGAAGAAUCCUACAAGGCAACACUCAAGGAAACCGAAACACAAACCAUGACCGACCCAGCCUCGGUCUCCGGUACAAUCUCCGAAAUCUUCGAACCCUAUGAGCUCCCAUCCGAACUGGUUGCCCAACUCACAAACCACCUCUCCGCCUCACCACUGCUUCCUUCUUUCCUCAUGAACUUCCACCACACACUCCCCGAGCCCUCAGGCUCGCGCGCCGUCAUCUGUGCCCUCACCAUUGCCCUGGGCUACUUCAUUGGCGGCUUCGUGCCCCUUCUACCAUACUUCUUCGUCGGUCCCCACGAUGCCUUCAUUGCUCUCCGCUGGUCUAUCGCUACUAUGGUCGUCGCCCUCUUCCUAUUUGGAUACGGCAAAACCUGCUUUGUUAGUGGCUGGCGCGGUCGACGCAAUAUCCGCAAAGGUGUCGUGGGUGGUGUCCAGAUGGUUCUCGUUGGAGGUGCUGCGGCCGGCUCAGCCAUGGGUCUUGUCAAGUUAUUCCAGAUGCUAGCCGAUAGCAAACCUCAUCCAGACCACCAAUGA